UUUGGGAGCUGGUCUGGGUGGUGCGAGAGUCCUGGCGGGGGCCGAUCUCGGAGUGGGAGAGGCUGAGCGGGGGUCAGCUAUGCGAGUGACUGGAGAGACAGUCCCGGAGGCAGCCGCUCCUCGACGUGGACCGCAGGGUGCGCUCAGGGCGCCUUGACCCUAUCCGGGGCCUCAGGAGGAACUGCAGGAGUGACCCGGCCGGAGGGAGCGAAGACAAAGAGGCCGGAGCCGCGCACCCGCUGAUCCUUGAGCGGCGUUCGAGUCCGCAGCACCUGGAGCCCCUAGUCAGCACCCAGCUCGUCCUCAGGAGACCCAUUCCUGCUGCCCCUCGGACCCCCGCUCCUCACCAAGUCAGUGAGACGCUCCCCCAGCCCACCCGGUGCCUGCUUCAGGAGCCACCCACAGCAGCUGCUCCCGAUGCACGAGGUUUCCCAAAGAAACUCCUCUCACAGACAGAGACUUAUCUGCAGGUGAUUCUCCAAGGACAUGGGAAGAUAGGAGUAAGCCCUGGAACCCACGCCCUAAGUGGAGGGCCGCUGCUUUCUGCUGGAAUGAUGGCCAACCCCGCCCCGAGAGGGAAUGGCACUAACUCGGAGACCUUUCGGCAGCGCUUCAGGAGAUUCCACUACCAGGAGGUGGCUGGGCCCCGGGAGGCUUUCAGCCAGCUCUGGGAACUUUGCUGCCGGUGGCUAAGGCCGGAAGUGCGCACCAAGGAGCAGAUCGUAGAAUUGCUGGUGCUAGAGCAAUUCCUGACUGUCCUGCCUGGGGAGAUCCAGAACUGGGUACAGGAGCGGUGUCCAGAAAAUGGAGAGGAGGCAGUGACAAUGGUGGAAGAUCUAGAAAGCCAGCCUGGAAGACCUGGACGUUCGGUCACAGUCUCUGUGAAGGGGCAGGAUGUGCGCUUGGAGAAGAUGACACCCCUGAAAUCAUCACAAGAGUUAUUAAGUGUUCGGCAGGAGUCAGUGGCACCCCAGCCCAGGGGUGUACCCAAGAAAGAGAGGGCAAGAAGCCCAGACCUGGGACCACAGGAGCAGAUGAAUCCAAAGGAGAAGCUCAGACGUUUUCAAAGGAGCGGAUUUCCUUUUCCUAAAUCUGACAUGGCCUCCAGGUUGGAGCAGGCAGAGCCAUGGAUCCUAGCUUCGUUGGGCUCCAAAGAUAAAGAACUCCCAAGAGACAGCCACGCAGGAGAUAGAAGAGUACAUGCUGAUCUGUUGCUAUCCAAGAGAGAGAGAAGCUACGUGGAGCAGGACCACUGGAGUUUUGAGGAUGAGAAGGUAGCAGGUGUGCACUGGGGCUAUGAAGAGACCAGAACUCUACUUGCAAUUCUCAGCCAAACCGAGUUCUAUGAGGCUCUCCGAAACUGUCAUCGAAAUAGCCAAGUGUAUGGGGCCGUGGCCGAGCGGCUCCGAGAGUAUGGCUUCCUUCGAACCCUUGAGCAGUGUCGGACGAAGUUCAAGGGUCUUCAGAAGAGCUAUCGAAAAGUCAAGAGUGGCCACCCACCUGAGACCUGUCCCUUCUUUGAAGAGAUGGAAGCCUUGAUGAGUGCCCAGGUCAUUGCCCUACCCUGUAAUAGCCUAGAAGCAGCAGUAUCUCUUUCUGGUCAAAUGGGCAGUGAUACUGAGACUGAAGAGCCACAGCAGGGGGGCUGGCAGCAAGAGAAGGGAGCAGAAGAAGCCAUGGCAGAGGAGUCUGAUAGUGAUGAAGCAGACUUGGAGGCCACACCUCAGGACCCCAACAACACAACCGCACCUGUCCUGUUCCGGAGCCCAAGUGGUGUACACUGGGGCUAUGAAGAGACCAAGACUUACCUUGCAAUUCUUAGUGAGACUCAGUUUUAUGAAGCCCUUCAGAACUGUCACCGCAACAGCCAGUUGUACGGAGCAGUGGCUGAGAGGUUAUGGGAAUAUGGCUUCCUUAGGACCCCAGAGCAGUGUCGGACAAAGUUUAAAAGCCUACAGACCAGUUAUCGCAAAGUCAAGAAUGGACAGGCACCAGAGACUUGUCCCUUCUUUGAAGAGAUGGAUGCUCUGGUGAGUGCACGGGUUGCUGCCCCUCCCAGCAAUGGCCAGGAAGAGGAGCCAGCUUCUUGCCCCAUCCAGGGGACCAGUGAGGCUCAAGCUGAGAAGCAAACUGAAGAGGCAGAAGAGGCAACAGAGGAAGAUUCUGAUGAGGAAGAGGAGGAUAUUGAGAUUCCCCCAGAGGCUGUCAGAACCCGUGCUCCAGUCUUAUUUCAAAGCCCCAGUGGUUUUGAGGCUGGAUUUGAGAAUGAAGAGAAUGCAAAACGGGAUAUAUCUGAGGAAGUGCAACUGCAUAGGACAUUACUUGCGAGGUCUGAAAGGAAAAUUGCCCAUCAUCUUAAUCAAGGUAAAGGUAGUGAGAAUGAAUGUAGAUCAGGAAGAGAGUGGGAAAAAAUCCCAGGGGAGAAAACAGGAAAACUGAAACUUCCAGAGAAGAGUUUAGGUAAAGUCAUAAGUCAUCAGAGGCCUUGCUUGGGAGAGAAACCCUCCAAGUAUCUCAGAUACGGCAAAAGCUUUAGCCCAAACUCCUCUUUCAUGCAUCAGAUAUCUCAGCAGGUAGAAAAUCCAUAUAAAUGUGCUGACUGUGGGAAAAGCUUCAGUAGAAGUGCACGCCUCAUUAGACAUCGGCGAAUCCACACUGGAGAGAAACCGUAUAAGUGUCUUGACUGUGGUAAAAGUUUCCGAGACAGUUCAAAUUUCAUCACCCAUAGGAGAAUCCACACAGGAGAGAAACCUUAUCAGUGUGGUGAGUGUGGAAAACGCUUUAAUCAGAGCUCAAGCCUUAUAAUUCAUCAGAGAACUCACACAGGAGAAAAGCCCUAUCAAUGUGAAGAGUGUGGAAAAAGCUUCAAUAACAGUUCUCAUUUUAGUGCACAUCGAAGAAUACACACAGGAGAGAGACCACAUGUGUGUUCUGACUGUGGAAAGAGUUUCAGUAAGAGUUCUGACUUACGUGCGCAUCACAGAACCCACACGGGAGAGAAGCCCUAUGGGUGUCAUGAUUGCGGCAAGUGUUUUAGUAAAAGCUCUGCCCUUAACAAGCACCGAGAAAUCCAUACACGAGAAAAGCUUCUGACACAGUCAGCACCUAAGUAAGCCCCUGAGGAUGUGGAUAUAUAUAGAAGAAAGAGCCUCAAUAAGUAUUGUUUGGAAAGUCUUCCAGGAGUGAGAUCCAUCUAUUUAUUUGCCCAGUUGGCUUAAGACUCUCCAGGAUUUAUGCCACUGUUUGUUCCUUAUAUUUCUCCUGGUUCUAGUGUCAAAUUCCCAAGGCAGUCAUUUUAAGAACCAAAGGAAUAUUUCAGUCCCUCUCCUUGCCUACAUUUGAACAGACAGGUAACAACUUUUGCCUCUGAGUGCCUAUGUUGUUCCUUUAAUAGAGGACAUGAUAGCAGAGCCUGUGAAUUUGAUAUAUGCAUCUUUACUCAUCCUGUCAUUCAACUGCAGUUCAAAUUUAAAAACCCAUCACAUCUGCAUUUCCGGGAAAAGUUGUGAGACAUUCUUCAUUAGGUGGGUCUAGGUCUUCUUUACACAAUAAUGGAAAUGCUAAAAAGAAUGAAUCUUCCUAUUCACGUAAGCCAGGGCUCAGAAUGACAUAUCUGUCAGGCAUAUUCUUCAUUUACCUCAAAGAAGAGUUUAAUGUCCCUCUUGGUUCUGCUGUAAGAAUCAUCUUGUCAAGAACCAGGUGUUCUCUAUGGGGAAACAAUAUAAAUUUUAUAUAAAUAUUAAAAUGUGAACCCUGAAUUUCUUAGUUUUUUCCAAAUCCUAGCAGGGUUGGAAUAGACUACUACUACAUUCACAGCAUCUAGUUUGAUUUUCUUUCAGUCCUAUCAACUGAAUUUAAUCUGCCCUUUGUGGUCCAGAGGCCCAAAGAGCAAGCUAGCUAGUUGUGUUGGGGAAGGCAGUUAAAGCUGCUAAUAGGGAAUCAUCUAUAUCCACACACUCCAAACACCUAGUAUAGAGUUAGCACCCCAUCAGCACUAAAUACUAACCUGCAAAGAACAGAAGCCACUGCCACAUUCCCAUGUAUUGGGAAAACAGACCACUCUGUGCCAACAACUGUUUCAUGGCAGGGAAGAUGGAUCAUCUUUGGUCAGUGGAGCUACCAGUCCACACAAACACACUCAACUGUGUACAGUUAAAAGCAGCUCUUCAAACACAGGUGUAAUUACUAAUCUUUAUAAUCAGAACUGAGUUGGCCAUAUGUUCACAGUACUAUGACAAGCACUGUAAAACAUGUUAGACACAGUCUAAAACAAAUGACACAAUAAGCACGUGUGUAGCUGGCAACAGUUUCAGAGAAAUCUAGAAAGCUAAGUAGUACCUCUAUGCAAAAAUGUUAAUGGCUAAUCAUUAGAAUUUGCUACAAUAAAAUUUUAAAAGGUAUUCUCUUUUAUUCAGGAAGCCUUAAUGAAGCAGAAAGUGUCCAGAGCAGGGAAGGUUAUUGGGUAAAUUAGGGUAGGAUGAACUUUCUAAAACUAGUUGCAAAACUGAGUGCUGGAUGGGUGAGGAAUAGGAAAGAUGGGGGAGUGGUUGGUAGAACAGAGACUGUAAGGAAGGUUAGCUAAAGUUUAGAGCAGUUCAAAGCUUGGGAAGAGUAUAACAUGGGUUGUGCAGCGGAAGAAAAAGAAUCACCUUAGCCAAAAUAUGACGUGUCAGAGGCAGCCACAAGGUGGUACACUCAUCAUCACAGGUGCGAUGCUACACUUACUGCUAAGGAAAGAGUGGCUGACAUCAGGGAGAGAGAGCAGUUUUGGGGGACUAGCUUCUAUGGGAGACAAAGGCCAGUUGGGGAGGUCAGAAGAAAGAUGAACACAGCCAGAUGGCCAUGCCUAGGAUAAGCAGCUGUUUCACAUUCAUAGUAAAUUAAAGUUCUGUGGUUAGGGUGAGAUCUGGGACAGCUGUAGGGAGAUAGGAUAUUCUGUAAUUCGUAGCUUACUGUGUUAGAUGAGAGAUUACUUAGGGUUCUACUGCUGAGGAAAAAGAAUCUCCCAACAUUUAUUAAGAAUUAAGGGAAGAUGGUAUCUCAGUUUUGCUGCCUAAACAGACAGGAAGGUUCAGGAAACACCAGUAUAAAGCAAUAACUCAGGAUCUGCAUGGUUUAGGAAGCAUGCUAUCAUGUUAAAAGAGAUUAUUGUCUUUAGUAUAUUAAUGUAUAGUUGUGUGGAAAAAGCAUCGGUUGGGCUUUCAACAGAUAUGAAUUGUGGUUCCAGAUGUCCUGUAAGUCAUCCUGCCUCCAUUUCCCUUUCUGUAGAGCAGGAUAAUGUUUACACCUAAUCUGCCUCUCAGGGAUACCAUGUCAAUAAAAAUUACAUCUAUAAAGUA